GUGUCCUUCUCUCUUUCCUCCUCAGAGCUACACAAGUCAUCAAAACAUCACAGUGAGAUAGCACAGAGAAGAGAGAGAGACUCAGAGCAAUUAAGAGAAGAGAGUAAAAAGGCUAAACCUUUUGUCUUUGUUAUUCGCAAAGACUCAAAGACUCAACCUUUUUCCCACCCAAUACUUGGCUCUUUCUCUCCAACCGUUUCAGAGAGAGAAAGAGUUACAGAGUCGAAUGCGCUCGAUUGACUCACCACCAUUGCCAUUUCUCAUUUUCAUCGCCUGCCCUUUUCAAUUCGGAGUCUUUGGAGCUCAAUCCCAUCUGGGUUUCUGAUUUCUUCAUCUGGGUACUAGUCGUUCUUGGUUGUUUCAAAUCAUGGCUGCCACUUCCGUCGCGUCCCCUCUCUGCACGUGGCUCGUCGCCGCUUGCAUGUCGGUCACGUGCGACGGGGAGCCGUCACGUGCCAAGUUGCGUGGUGGUGGUGGUGGCCGGAGACGGAGGCUGGCCAAAUGUAGCAGCAGAAGAUGCUUAAGUAGUAGGGAAACCAUGGCUGUUGCUGUGCAACCUACUGAAGAGUUAACAAAGCAGAUGAAACCUGUAACAAAGCAGAGGCGAGUGGUUGUGACAGGAAUGAGUGUGGUGACCCCACUUGGUCAUGAUGCUGAUGUUUUCUACAAUAAUCUGCUCGAGGGUGUUAGUGGCAUCAGUGAGAUAGAAGCUUUUGAUUGUUCCCCAUUUCCUACGAAAAUUGGUGGAGAGAUCAAGUCCUUUUCAACUGAUGGAUGGGUAGCACCAAAGUUCUCCAGAAGAAUGGAUAAAUUCAUGCUUUAUUUGCUUACUGCUGGAAAGAAAGCCUUGGUAGAUGGUGGAUUUACAGAAGAAGUCAUGGAGAAAAUUGACAAAACUAAAUGUGGGGUGUUGAUUGGUUCUGCAAUGGGUGGAAUGAAGAUCUUCAAUGAUGCAAUUGAAGCUUUACGGGUUUCAUAUAAGAAGAUGAAUCCUUUCUGUGUGCCUUUCGCAACUACAAAUAUGGGUUCUGCGAUGCUUGCAAUGGAUCUGGGUUGGAUGGGCCCAAAUUAUUCAAUCUCCACUGCUUGUGCUACAAGCAACUUCUGCAUUUUGAAUUCAGCAAAUCAUAUCAUUAGAGGUGAAGCUGAUAUUAUGCUUUGUGGUGGUUCAGAUUCAGUAAUGAUACCUAUUGGCUUGGGAGGCUUUGUGGCAUGCAGAGCACUUUCACAAAGGAACAGUGAUCCAACUAAAGCAUCACGACCUUGGGAUACUAACCGUGAUGGGUUUGUUAUGGGGGAGGGAGCUGGAGUGUUGGUUCUAGAAGAGUUAGAACAUGCUAAGAAAAGAGGUGCAACCAUAUAUGCAGAGUUUCUUGGAGGAAGCUUCACUUGUGAUGCUUACCACAUGACUGAGCCACGUCCUGAUGGGGCUGGAGUUAUUCAAUGCAUAGAGAAGGCAUUAGUUCAGUCUGGCGUAUCUAAGGAAGACGUAAAUUACAUUAAUGCACAUGCAACAUCCACACCCGCUGGAGACCUUAAAGAGUAUAAUGCUCUUAUUCAUUGUUUUGGCCAGAAUCCUGAGUUGAGAAUCAACUCUACAAAAUCCAUGAUUGGUCACCUGCUAGGAGCAGCUGGCGCUGUUGAGGCUGUUGCUGCGGUACAGGCAAUACGAACUGGAUGGGUUCAUCCAAAUGUCAAUCUGGAAGACCCAGAUAAGGGUGUGGAUAUGAAAGUGCUAGUAGGCCCAAAGAAAGAAAGACUGGACAUUAAGGUGGCAUUGUCUAAUUCGUUUGGGUUUGGUGGCCACAACUCAUCAGUUUUGUUUGCGCCUUACAAGUAGUAAUACAGAUCUAGUGACGUACUCCCAACUUUUACUUGAAUAUCACUGAAGUGAGCACCCAGGAAGUCUCUUGUAUAUGAUCCUGUUCAGUUGGGUCAAUUGUGGCUAUGAAAAUUGAAUUGGUUGGACAGCUGAUCACUUGAGAAGACUGUUGAGGUGUACCGGAGGAGAAUUUUAGGAGCUCACCCUAUGGUUUAUCAAAAAAUACUUUCGCUUAUUGUUGUUAGAAAAAUUCCCCAUGUCCUUACUUAGCCACAGUAGGUUUGAUCUUAUGCGGCAGUCACUGAAACACCUUUAGCAGUAGUUGAUUUUGGUUUUCAUGUACAAGUAGUUGGCUGAUCGGAUAACCAACUGUAUGAAAUUUGAGUUGUCAGUUGCGUGACUAUUGUGUUUCUUAGUGCUUCUUGUAUUGUAAAUUGUAGGUUGGAAUCUAUUUCCGACUACAAGAGUACAUAGUUUGAUUACAUGUUAGAGAAUUUUGAUAUAAGUUGGGGCUGCGUUAUUUACAUAGAAAUCAAU